GAGAAUUAAAAGAAAAAAGCACCGAAAGCAAAGCCCUUCCUUUUGGCGCCUAGGGUUUUUGAAGAAAGGGCCGGGGGAGAGAGAUGGGGGGAGCAGGAUCGCCGGAUUUCUUCUACAGAGAAGCUCAACGUCUCGGCUAUGUCGCUCGUUCCGCUUUCAAGCUUCUUCAGAUUCAGGAGCGGUACAAGCUCAUCAAACCUGGUUCCUCUGUUCUUGACCUCGGUUGUGCCCCUGGCGCUUGGCUUCAGGUUGCUUGCCAAAGCUUAGGUCCAGUUAAAAAUGGUGGCACUGUUGUUGGUAUUGAUAUAAAGAAGGUGAAGGUUCCUCCACAACAUUGUGAUUCACGGGUGCAAACCCUUUGUGCCGAUGUCUUGAGCCUACCCAGACAAAAGAUUAGGGCAUUCUCUCCUCAGCAAAAAGGUUUUUCUGUAAUUCUAUCGGACAUGUGCCCUCCGGUUUCUGGAAUAACCACAAAAGACGCCGCCCUGUCGGCCGAACUGGGCAUGCGAGCCAUUGAUUUAGCUGUCGGCCGAGCAGCAGCAAUGUCUCAGCCACGAGACGACAAUGACAGAGAUGAUGAAGGAGCAUCAAACAGCUCAGCUUCAAGCCCUGAAACCGGCGGUGUACUUAAGCAUGGAGGUCAUCUUGUCAUCAAGCUUCUGGAAAGCGAGGAUGCUCAAGAUUUUACCCGAAUCUGCAAGCCAAUCUUUCGGAAGGCGUCAUGGUUGCGGCCUAAAGCUACAAGAUCUUCGUCACGAGAAAUAUACUUGAUUUGCCAGGGAUUGCAAUCAGCAAUAAAAAGCUGAUUCAUACACAUGCAGUGCAAAUGAAUCUUGAUUCUGUGUAUCUACGAUGAUGGGCUCAAUAUGGGCCUAUUUGUAAGGCCCAUUAAGAUUCGAAUAAACAUAUUUAAAAAAACGCCCAUCAUGUAAUGGGCCUUUUGUUUUCCAA